GUAAUACGACAACUGAAAACUUUCUGCUUGUUUGGAAUUUUCGAAGCUUCAGAUGGCAUCAAGAGCACCAAUGAUUCCCAUAUGAAGAUUUCCCGGUUGCUUUUUCAGGCUCAGAGGCUACGACGAGUUUCAUGGCACGUGACAGUAGUGGUAACGAGUGAUGAUCCAGCCUUCCUUACCGCCUUCGCUAACAUAACCUACAACAGCAGCCUUCUCGUUGCUGAGACGAAGCUCCUGGCUGUCACCCGUCUACCUCUCUCUCAGCUGGACAGCCUUCAGAAGACUUUCUCUCUGAAGAAUGCCAUGUUGCUUGUCAACAGCAACUCGAACACACUUAGGUCCAGUUUGUACAUAUAUCUGCCAUACAGUGCGCCUUGCUCCCCGGCAGUGAAGGUAGCGGACUGGACGCCACAACGAGGCCUUGUUCUCACAUCCCACCUACCACUCUUCCCUCAUAAGUUCUCCAAGUUUGCCCACAAGCCCAACCUGCGCGUGGUGUCGGUGGAGUUCACGUCUCAUAACCUGGUCCUCCUCGACGACCCGGAGGCGCCUGGCAAGAAGCGCAUCACGUUUCAAGGAAUCAUGGCAAACGUCAAUGAUUACAUUGCUCAAGGCCUAAACUUUACACGAGCUAGCUGGGGAUCAAGAAAGCAACGGAACCUUCAGGCCAUAUUGGGCGGGGAUGACAACAGGGGUGAGAAACAUAGUUUACUGUCACUGGAUGAUGAUAGUAAGUACUACAACUUGGCUAAUGAUAAAAGUUACUACAAGCCUUGGGGGGCUGAUAUUGGUCUAGGACCAUUCGGUCUAACUGCAGUGCGCUACGAGGUGGUCGACUACACUUAUCCGGUUGACAUUGCAUCCAUGAAGCUCCUGGCUGGUCGUGGACGGGCAGAAGUCGAUCCCUGGAACUUCCUGCUGUCCCUGGCGCCACUGGUGUGGGCAGCCACCCUGGUGGCGCUGCUGGGACUGCUUGCUCUUUAUUACAUGUUUCAUGCGUGCUUCUCCAAGGAUCAUCAUUUCAUGGAAAAUGCCAGUAGUUUAAUCAGAGUUUUUCUGCAACAAG